AUGCUAAGAGUAUUCAAGGCUAAAACGAGAGAAUAUAUUAAAGAGACCAUAGAAUUAAGCAAUCUUCAAUUUCCUUGGAAAUUUGGAGGGUAUGACUAUUGUUUACAUCUUAGAUUUCCUCAUGAACCAAAGGAUGGAUAAUUAAAUGGGUUCACUGAUUGGAGAAGAAUUAUUAAUGAAGAGAAACUAUAAGAACUUACUACUGAAUACUUUCAAAAAAUAAAUGACUUGUAACCUUUGAGAUUGGAAAGAAUUGUAGAGCAUUCUUUAAUGUCCCAAAUUUAUAGAGAAUUAAUGAGGUAUUAACACAUGCUAUUUAAUUGAUUUAAGAACCAUAAACAUACUCUAAAAUAUGAUAUUAAAUGCUUUGAUUUUUAAGUUUACAACCUUGAAAAUAUUUUUCGUGUAGGUGUUCAUCUAGGAAGAUAAAGAAAUAAACCAUUAGAAAUCAGGCGUAAAUUAAAUGCUAUUUAAAUUUAGAUUUCAACUAAAAUAUCAACGGACAUGAUUUUCUUUGUGUAUGGAGAAAAAGACCAUUUGUUACAGAUAAAGCAACUCUUUCCCUUUUUAUUGAUGUCUCAUUUAAAACUUAAGGAUCAAUCAUAAUUUUGAAU